AUGAAUUCAAGUGGCGAUGAUGAGGAGAUGAAGAAGUUGGGGAAUGGAGUUGUGGGAAUUCUAGCUGAAACAGUGAACAAGUGGGAGAGACGAACACCAUUGACGCCGUCGCAUUGCGCUCGGCUACUACACGGUGGCAAAGACAGAACCGGCGUUUCCCGGAUUGUGGUCCAGCCAUCUGCUAAGCGUAUCCAUCACGAUGCACUCUACGAAGAUGUCGGAUGUGAAAUCUCUGAUGAUCUCUCUGAUUGCGGGCUUAUACUCGGAAUCAAACAACCCGAGUUAGAAAUGAUUCUACCGGAGAGAGCAUAUGCUUUCUUUUCCCACACUCACAAGGCACAGAAAGAAAACAUGCCCUUGUUGGAUAAAAUUAUGUCAGAGAGAGUGACGUUGUGUGAUUAUGAGCUCAUAGUUGGGGAUCAAGGGAGAAGACUAUUGGCAUUUGGUAGAUAUGCAGGCAGAGCUGGUCUUGUUGACUUCUUACACGGCCUUGGACAGAGAUACUUAAGUCUUGGAUACUCAACACCUUUCCUCUCUCUGGGAUCAUCAUAUAUGUACUCCUCAUUGGCUGCAGCAAAAGCAGCUGUGAUUUCUGUAGGUGAAGAAAUUGCAAGCCAGGGAUUGCCUUUAGGAAUCUGCCCUCUUGUCUUUGUCUUCACCGGAACAGGCAACGUUUCUCUUGGGGCACAAGAAAUAUUCAAGCUUCUUCCUCACACUUUUGUUGAACCAAGCAAGCUUCCGGAACUAUUUGUUAAAGACAAAGGAAGUAGCCAAAAUGGGAAAUCAACAAAGCGAGUCCAUCAAGUAUACGGUUGUAUCAUUACCAGCCAAGACAUGGUUCAACACCAAGAUCCAUCAAAGUCGUUUGACAAAGCCGACUAUUAUGUACAUCCGGAACACUACAAUCCAGUUUUCCACGAGAAGAUCGCUCCGUAUACAUCUGUUCUUGUAAACUGUAUGUACUGGGAGAAGAGGUUUCCUCGACUCCUGAGCAUCAAACAGAUUCAAGAUUUAACAACAAGAGGAUGUCCACUAGUGGGAAUAUGCGAUAUAACUUGUGACAUCGGUGGCUCCAUCGAGUUUGUUAACCGAGCUACGUUAAUCGACUCCCCUUUCUUUAGGUUUAAUCCUUGGAACAAUUCAUACUACGAUGACAUGGAUGGUGAUGGCGUACUCUGCAUGGCCAUUGACAUUCUACCUACAGAAUUUGCAAAAGAGGCAUCUCAGCAUUUUGGAGAUAUUCUUUCGGAAUUUGUUGGUAGUUUGGCUUCGAUGAGUGAAAUGGCAGAUCUACCGGAGCAUUUGAAGAGGGCUUGCAUAAGCUAUAGAGGAGAGUUGACAUCUUUGUAUGAGUAUAUCCCACGUAUGAGGAAGUCUGAUCCAGAAGAGGCACAAGACAACAUCGCCAAUGGGGUCUCCAUCCAAAAGACAUGUAACAACAUAUUGGUGAGUUUUGAAGAAGUUAAGGUAUCUCUAAGUGGACACCUGUUUGAUAAGUUUCUGAUAAACGAAGCUCUGGAUAUGAUCGAAGCGGCCGGUGGCUCAUUUCAUUUGGCUAAAUGUGAACUGGGGCAGAGCGCCGAUGCUGAGUCAUACUCAGAACUUGAAGUUGGUGCGGAUGAUAGAAAAGUAUUGGAUCAAAUCAUUGAUUCAUUAACUCGACUAGCUAAUCCAGAUAAAGAUAGAGAAACAAAUAAGAUUUCACUCAAGAUUGGAAAAGUCCAGCAAGAAAACGUUGUAAAAGAGAAGCCUGAAGAAGAAGAAGAAGAAGAAGAAAUGACUAAGAAAUCAUCAGCGGUUUUGAUUCUUGGCGCUGGACGUGUGUGUCGCCCGGCUGCUGAGUUCUUAGCUUCAGUCAGAACCAUUUCGUCACAGCAAUGGUACAAAACUUAUUUGGGAACAGAACAAACAGAUGUUCGUGUGAUUGUCGCUUCUCUCUAUCUUAAGGAUGCCAAAGAGACGGUUGAAGGUAUUUCAGACGUAGAAGCUGUUCAGCUAGAUGUGUCAGAUAGUGAAAGCCUUCUUAAGUAUGUUUCUCAGGUUGAUGUUGUCCUGAGUUUAUUACCUGCAAAUUGUCAUGCUGUUGUAGCAAAGACAUGCAUUGAGCUGAAGAAGCAUCUCGUCACUGCUAGCUAUGUGGAUGAUGAAACAUCCAUGUUACAUGACAAGGCUAAAAGUGCUGGGAUAACUAUUCUUGGUGAAAUGGGACUGGACCCUGGAAUCGAUCACAUGAUGGCGAUGAAGAUGAUCAACGAGGCUCAUAUAAGAAAAGGGAAAGUGAAGUCUUUCACCUCUUACUGUGGUGGACUUCCCUCUCCUGCUGCAGCAAACAAUCCAUUAGCAUACAAAUUUAGCUGGAAUCCUGCUGGAGCAAUUCGAGCUGGUCGUAAUCCGGCCAAAUACAAAAUCAACGGAGACAUAAUACAUGUUGAUGGGGAGAAUCUGUAUGAUUCAGCCACAAGAUUCCGAGUACCAAAUCUUCCAGCUUUUGCAUUGGAGUGUCUUCCCAACCGGAACUCCUUGGUUUACGGGGAGCAUUAUGGGAUCGAGAGCGAAGCAUCAACGAUCUUUCGUGGAACCCUCAGAUAUGAAGGGUUUAGUAUGAUAAUGGCAACACUUGCAAAACUCGGAUUCUUUGACAAUGAAACAAAUCAAGUACUCUCCACUGGAGAGAAGAUUACGUUUGGUGAUCUUUUAAGUAACAUUACGAAAAAGGACGCAGACAAUGAAUCUGAGCCUCUAGCGAGAGAAGAAGAGAUCAGCGAGAGAAUGAUCAAGCUUGGACAUUCCAAGGAGACUGCAACAAAAGCUGCCAAAACAAUUGUAUUCUUGGGGUUCAACGAAGAGAGGGAGAUUCCAUCAUCGUGUAAAAGUGUAUUCGAUGCAACAUGUUACCUAAUGGAAGAGAAACUAGCUUAUUCAGGAAACGAGCAGGACAUGGUGCUUCUGCAUCACGAAGUAGAAGUAGAAUUCCCUGAAAGCAAACGCACAGAGAAGCACACUGCGACUCUCUUGGAAUUUGGGGAAAUCAAGAACGGGCAAGCAACUACUGCUAUGGCUAAAACCGUUGGGAUCCCUGCAGCCAUUGGAGCUCUGCUGUUAAUUGAAGACAAGAUCAAGACAAGAGGAGUGUUAAGGCCUCUCGAACCAGAGGUUUAUUUGCCAGCUUUGGAUAUACUGAAAGCAUAUGAGAUCAAGAAAAUGGACAAGAACAGCGGACAAUCUGGCAAUGCAGCACAAAGCAGUGGCAAUGGAUCCGGUCCAUCUGGUUCGGCGAAUAUGGUGGCACCGGGGACUGGUGGUGUGGUUCAGAUACCUCGUGAUGCUUUCGAAGCAAAUACCAAAGCGCAUUUUGACAAUCUUCAUGCCAAGGACAAGGCAACUAAGUGA